AUGCGGUUGCGGUUGCCGUGGAGACACCUGGCACUGUGUGGUGUGGCCCCUGGGAGGCGGGCAACAUCAUCUGUUCCCGCGGGCGUCCAGAGCUUCGUGCCCGCCAGCAGCACCAUCGAUGCCCACGCCCUGGAGCGGCUACAGGCCUUUUUUUCACGCGCCACACGCCUCUUCGUCAUCACUGGAGCCGGGCUCUCCACAGAGUCUGGCAUCCCAGACUACCGCUCAGAUGGGGUGGGUCUCUAUGCUCGCACAGACAGGCGACCUAUGCAGCACACAGAGUAUAUACGCAACGCCAAGUCCCGUCAGCGCUACUGGGCUAGGAACUACAGUGAGGGAAAAAAGUAUUUGAUCCCCUGUGAUUUUGUAUGUUUGCCCACUGACAAAGACAUGAUCAGUCUAUAAUUUUAAUGGUAGGUUUAUUUGAACAGUGAGAGACAGAAUAACAACAACAAAAUCCAGAAAAACGCAUGUCAAAAAUGUUAUAAAUUGAUUUGCAUUUGAAUGAGGGAAAUACGUUUUUGACCCCUCUGCAAAACAUGACUUAGUACUUGGUGGCAAAACCCUUGUUGGCAAUCACAGAGGUCAGACGUUUCAUGUAGUUGGCCACCAGGUUUGCACACAUCUCAGGAGGGAUUUUGUCCCACUCCUCUUUGCAGAUCUUCUCUAAGUCAUUAAGGUUUCGAGGCUGACGUUUGGCAACUUGAACUUUCAGCUCCCUCCACAGAUUUUCUAUGGGAUUAAGGUCUGGAGACUGGCUAGGCAACUCCAGGACCUUAAUGUGCUUCUUCUUGAGCCACUCCUUUGUUGCCUUGGCCGUGUGUUUUGGGUCAUUGUCAUGCUGGAAUACCCAUCCAAGACCCAUUUUCAAUGCCCUGGCUGAGGGAAGGAGGUUCUCACCCAAGAUUUGACGGUACAUGGCCCCGUCCAUCGUCCCUUUGAUGCGGUGAAGUUGUCCUGUCCCCUUAGCAGAAAAACACCCCCAAAGCAUAAUGUUUCCACCUCCAUGUUUGAUGGUGGGGAUGGUGUUCUUGGGGUCAUAGGCAGCAUUCCUCCUCCUCCAAACACGGCGAGUUGAGUUGAUGCAAAAGAGCUCGAUUUUGGUCUCAUCUGACCACAACACUUUCACCCAGUUCUCCUCUGAAUCAUUCAGAUGUUCAUUGGCAAACUUCAGACGGGCCUGUAUAUGCGCUUUCUUGAGCAGGGGGACCUUGCGGGCGCUGCAGGAUUUCAGUCCUUCACGGCGUAGUGUGUUACCAAUUGUUUUCUUGGUGACUAUGGUCCCAGCUGCCUUGAGAUAAUUGACAAGAUCCUCCCGUGUAGUUCUGGGCUGAUUCCUCACCAUUCUCAUGAUCAUUGCAACUCCACGAGGUGAGAUCUUGCAUGGAGCCCCAGGCCGAGGGAGAUUGACAGUUAUUUUGUGUUUCUUCCAUUUGCGAAUAAUCGCACCAACUGUUGUCACCUUCUCACCAAGCUGCUUGGCGAUGGUCUUGUAGCCCAUUCCAGCCUUAUGUAGGUCUACAAUCUUGUCCCUGACAUCCUUGGAGAGCUCUUUGGUCUUGGCCAUGGUGGAGAGUUUGGAAUCUGAUUGAUUGAUUGCUUCUGUGGACAGGUGUCUUUUAUACAGGUAACAAGCUGAGAUUAGGAGCACUCCCUUUAAGAGUGUGCUCCUAAUCUCAGCUCGUUACCUGUAUAAAAGACACCUGGGAGCCAGAAAUCUUUCUGAUUGAGAGGGGGUCAAAUACUUAUUUCCCUCAUUAAAAUGCAAAUCAAUUUAUUUACAUUUUUGACAUGCGUAUUUCUGGAUGUUUUUGUUGUUAUUCUGUCUCUCACUGUUCAAAUAAACCUGCCAUUAAAAUGAUAGACUGAUCAUUUCUUUGUCAGUGGGCAAACUUACAAAAUCAGCAGGGGAUCAAAUACUUUUUUUCCCUCACUGUAUGUGGGCUGGCCACAGUUCUCCUCUCAUCAGUCAAACUCUGCUCACUUGGCCCUGCAGCAGUGGGAGAAACAGGGGAAGGUACACUGGCUGGUUACGCAGAAUGUGGACGCGCUUCAUUCCAAGGCAGGGCACCAAGGACUGACUGAACUACACGGCUGCGCUCACAGGUAGGAGAGCAGUGAAUGACAGACGGAUGGACACACCACACUAUAUAGACUUCUUGUUCAAGGACAUUGGCUCAGAGCAACACUGAGCUUUUUACCUGUGUGUCCAUCCGUCUGUCUGUGUCCCUCCCAGGGUGUUAUGUCUGGGCUGUGGUGCGAUGUCUGCUAGAGAAGAGCUCCAGAAGCGUUUCGCAGGACUGAACCCUGGGUGGGUAGCACCUGGCUGGUGGUGUAGCUCCCGACAGGGAUGUUUUCAUUGAGGACGAACAGGUCCUCCACUUCAGAGUGCCUCCCUGUAAGGACUGUGGGGGCAUACUGAAGCAAGACGUGACAUUCUUUGGGGACACAGUGAACCGAGGGACAGUACAGUUUGUACAUGAGAGACUGGUGGAGUCUGAUGCGGUCCUAGUUGCGGGAUCUUCUUUGCAGGUGGGCAUAAAUAAGGUGUUAUUAUAUAUUGCUAGAGUCUAUAGACCAUACCUCUAAAAUGGAAAAUGUAGUUGUUUUCAGUAGUCAACUGUGUGUUGCAGUUUGACUAUUUCUGUCUUUGAGAACUUGAAGAUGUAUCUACAAGACAUCUGUGUAUAACUGUUAUAUCCUUGUUUUUUCUAGGUGUAUUCUGGGUACAGAUUCCUACUGGCAGCAGCUGACCAGAAGAUCCCAGUGGCCAUCUUGAACAUUGGGCCUACCAGUGCCGACCACCUGACAGAGUUCAGAGUCAGUGCUCGUUGUGGGGAGGUACUGUCUGUCAUUCAGCCCCACUGA